AAAUGAGUUAAAUUGUAGGACACCCACUGGCUGUUGCAGAAUUGCUUGGUGUGGGGGUUUUCCCCACAUCUAGUAUCAGAAGUGUUGUGUGGUAGUAGUAUUUGACUAAAGGAGAAACGCAGGAAGGAAGACUGAGGGGUUUUAUGUUUUUUUUUUUUCCCUAUACUCCCUCCUGCCAACCAUUCUCUUCCCUUCUCUGCCUUGCUUUGGGUCUUGGGGCACUGACCUCUGUGACUGCAUCAAUGAGCUCUCUUGCCCUCGGACUUCUUGUUGAGUCCAGCCAGUGAGAGGAAUCGGAAACUAGGAAGGUGGGAAAGAAAGGAGUCCUCCUACUGAGGUCUUUCCCCAGAGACCUGAGAACAGAGGGCAGGGGACUGGCGGGAGGAUUGAAGUUCAGGGCCACUGCCAAGGAGAAAGAGUGAAGAGGCAGUCAAAGGCUCCCUGGCUCAGACCCAGGCAGGCGGAUCGGGCGGACUCAUUCAUCCAGGGCCAGCCCGGGGCCGAGACUGCCGAGCUGGCUGGCCCGGCCCAGGCCCGUCUGGGGGCUGGGAGGGGAUUUCUUCAGACUCCCUCCCCCGGGGCUGGGCGAGCAGGAACCUCUGGAGGAUUUUUAAUUUGGGGAGGGACCAAGGAGUGCCUGGCAGGGCGGCAACUUCAGGGCAGCUGAGGCAGCCCGUUGGCCCAGGGCACCUGGAAGCCAGGGAGCAGCCUCUCCUGCCUGGGACGCCCGUCCGCCCCCCGAGAUACUGCCCAAAUGCCUUCCAAAAAGGCUGCAUCAAUUUACACCUUGUAAGCUGCACGCAUUUCCACACAGACUUGAAAGGCACUGGAAACCAAUAGCUGUGCCAGAGCGCCUGGGAAAGAGCCACGGCCCAAAGACAAUAGGGUCGUCCAUUUCUCUCUGACAUCUGUGUCCCUUUCAGGUAGAGGGAGGACCCAGGACAAUGGCUGCUGCUCAUGAUUUGGUGAUGGAGGAGGAAGUGAAUCUGAAUAUGGACAGAGAGAUGAAAGAAGAGCUGGAGGAAAAGGAGAAAGUGAGAGAGGCCCAGGCAGGUAAAGAACCGUUCAAGAAUAAAAAGGUCCACAGGAUUGUCUCAAAAUGGAUGCUUCCUGAACCGGUGCGAAGAACAUACCUGGAAAGAGCUAACUGCCUCCCACCCCCUGUGUUCAUUAUCUCCAUCAGCCUUGCGGAGCUGGCAGUGUUCAUUUACUAUGCUGUGUGGAAGCCUCAGAAACAGUGGAUCACCUUGGACACGGGCAUCUUGGACAGCCCCUUUAUCUACAGUCCUGAGAAGAGGGAGGAAGCCUGGAGGUUUGUCUCAUACAUGCUGGUCCAUGCUGGAGUUCAGCACAUCCUGGGGAAUCUUGUUAUGCAGCUGAUUUUGGGUAUCCCCUUGGAAAUGGUCCACAAAGGCCUCAGAGUGGGGCUGGUUUACCUGGCCGGAGUGAUUGCAGGAUCCCUUGCCAGCUCCAUCUUUGACCCACUCAAAUCUCUUGUGGGUGCUUCAGGAGGAGUCUAUGCUCUGAUGGGGGGCUAUUUUAUGAACGUCCUAGUGAAUUUUCGAGAAAUGAUUCCUGCCUUUGGAAUUGUCAGACUACUGAUCAUCAUCCUUAUAAUCUUGUCGGAUAUGGGAUUUGCGCUCUACAGAAGGUUCUUUGUCCCUGCAAACGGGUCCCCGAUGAGCAGAAAGGGAAAUGGAUUUCAGUUGAUGGCUGACUCACUCAUGGCACUGAAGGGCACUGAGUCUGCUGUGCACCCCCAAGGAGAGAAAUUCACAGAACAAGUUGAAGACGACGGUGGUAUAACUUCCGGCUCCUCAAAUUCACCUAAACUAAGAGAGGUUUGGGUUAAUCUUGCUGUUUUAGCUAUUUAAAUAUACGAAAUAUGGGUUUUUAACAAGAUAAAUGAGCUCACAUUAUAUAGAUUGUUCUGUAACUUGUUUUAUAAUGACUUAGGGGUCUUUCUGUUAGUUCAUAGAGACCUUUAUUCUCUGAAUUGCUGAAUGAUAAAGAUGUAUUAUAGUUUAUUUAACCAUUCCUCUGUUGAACACUUAAGUUGUUGCUGACUUUGUACUAUUACCAUGUACUAUCCUAGUAUGUGCAGUGUGUCUUUGAGAGUGAAUGAAUGAAUAGUUCAAGCAUCCAGAAGCAGAAAUGUUAAUUUUGACCAAUUUAGACUGCCUUUUAAAUAACUGUACCACUUAUAUUCUUACAGAUAGCAUAUGAAUUAACGGUUUCCUCAUACUUUUGGCAAAGGCAGGUAUUAUAAAUCUUGGGAAAAUUUGCAUUUUGAUAGUUAAAAAAUAAUACUUUAUUUUAAUUUGUAUUUCUCUGACUACUAAUGAGGCAUAGUGUUUUUUAAGUUUAUUAGUAAUUUAUGUGUAAUUUAUAUAAGACAUAAUGUACAAAUAUGAAAAAAAUAUAUAAACUUUUUUCCCUGAUGAAAGACUUGUAUUUAAUCUGAAAAGUAGCUACUGGUUGGCAAAGAAGCUCAGGGAAGAAAUAUUCAUCUGCCAUCACCAGCCCACCAGGUCACUAGCUCUGAAGAGAGAUCUUUAAUGACCUAAAGUGCAACAUAAUUGUUAAUAAUAGAAAACUAGACAAGAGAAACAGGAUUCAUCUAACUUUGAAAUUGGGCAUGACCCAUUGAUUAUUAAGACUGAUGACUAAGAAGUUAUCAUCUAGUUAGAGUUUUUUGGUACUAGAAACACCAUUCACAUUAUCAAAAAGUGAUAACUUACUGGGUUCCCCAGGGGACAAAAUUACCAUUAAAAAUACACACACAAACAUCUGGUGUUUUAAAUUUGACAUCUCUGAAUUAAAGAGGAACCAUUUAUUCGGCUUAAUUUGGGGCUCAUCAUUUUAGUCUUCUAAACUGUGCUGUCUUAUUAGAAAUAUGGGAACUAUUCUUCAUCUGUGCUGCCCAAUAAUGUAGCCACUAGGUACAGGUAGUUCUUUAAAUUUAAUUAAAAUUAAAUAAAAUUAAAAACUCAGAUCCUCUGUUACACCAGCCACAUUGCAAGUACUCAGUAGCUAUGCGUUGCUAGUGGGCACCUUAUUGGACAGCGCAGAUAGAGUCUACUUCAACGUUGCUGCAAAAAGUUCUACUGGAUAGCACUGUUUUAGAAGAGUGAUGAGAGGGAAAUGGAUUUUAGCUGAUGGCUGACUCAUUCACCACAUUGAACCAAACUGAAUCUGCUCUACACCUGUGAAGGGGACAAGCUUUCAGACAAUAAUUUGAAGAUGGCUGUGGUAUAACUUUUAAGCAUGAUCUGCUUCAAUCCAGAAAGGUUUGUGUUAAUCUCUCUGUUUUAGAUAUCUAAGAGUCAUUUGAAAUGUUUUUUUCUUUUUCUUUUGAAUUUUAUAGUACUGUAUCGAUGUAUACGAGUGUUCAUGUCAUUUGCUAUGAAAGCUUGAGAACCUAAGAUUUGUAGCUAAAUACUACUACUUCUUCCAGCAAAUACCAUAGUUUUGUCCUUUAUGGAAAAAAAUUUUUUCUUUCUUUUUGUGAUUAUAAAAGUAAAGUGCUCAUGGUAAAAAAAAAAAUUUAAGUAUAUAUAAUUAUAAAAAAAUUAAGUCAAUUGUAAUCACGCUGCCCAGAGAUAAUCAUAAUUAAUAUUUUGAUGAAUACCCUGCCAGGCUUUAUUGUAUACAUCUCUACAUACAAAUAAAUUUACAAUAAUGGGGCCACACUAUUCUAUUUUAUAACCUGAAUGUUACUGAAACAAUAUAACAAAAUUUUGUUUUGCUUUUGUUUAUAUAUUUAUUAUUUCUACUGGCUGCAUAGUACCACACUGUGGAUGUACUAUUAUUUAUAUGUACAAUACAGUCUUUCUUGUAGUGAUAAUUAUUUUGGAUGUUUUCAAGUUGUGAUUAUUAUAAACAACAACAAAAAUAAUAUCUUUGCUCACACUUUAAAGUGCUUUGGAUUGUUGGGUCAAAGAGUAUGCUAUUAUUAACAUAAUAAAGUCAAAGAAAUUUUCCCUAUCUCAGGAAUACAACUGAAUUUUAGAAGGCUGAUGCUUUUGCAAAUCUUUUUAACUACAUAAAGCUUUAAAAAAGGAACUAAAGACUCUAGAACACAUUAUUUAAAAAGUCAAAACUAUCACUAUUUGACAUACCUAAUUUAAAUAAACUUUAAACAGAAAACAGCUGAUUUUUUUAAUGUCUCUUUCAUGAAAAUUUCAAAUGUGCUUAAAGAGGGAAAAAUAACAGUUUAGUUAAACAGUUAAGAGCUGACUUUAGAGCCACAAUGAUUGGGUCUGAAUGCCAAUUCUA